AUGGAAGCGAAACUUGAUCAAAUUUAAGUCAAUCAUCCUGAUGAGGUAUAACUGACUUGCGAAAAUAAGGUUGAAUAGACUAUUAAUGAAAAUAAUCAAGAGGAAGUAAAACUUUCUAAAAGGUAGAUGAAAAAGCAAGCUAAAUAGUAAAAGUGGUAAGAAAAGUAGCAGCAGAAUAAGGAAAAGUCAAAGGAUAAAAAAAAGAAAUCGAAAGCGACAUAUGCUCAUUUAGAGAGGUUUAAUAAUUAUAAUCAACUUAAAGGAGAUGCUAAUGGGGAUGCUGCAAGUAAUGAGGAAAAGAAAGAAGAUGAACAGAAAAAGACUUCUAAAAAGGAAAAGUAGGCAUUAUUUAAGGAAUUGUGCAAGUAAGGACCAAAGUAUAUUAUUGAUUGUGAGUUUGAGUCAUUAAUGAAUGAUAGAGAACUUAAGUCUUUAUCUUAGUAAUUAGCAUACUGCCACUCAGUAAAUAAAAGAAUAUAACACCCUUUAAAUAUAAUGCUAAGUGGUGUAGAAGAAAAAUUAAAGAGCAUGAUCAACAAGAGUAAUUGCUAGCAAUGGGCUGUUGACAUUAAAUAUUAGGACAAAUAUUUCGACAUAGUAGAAGAUAAAAGCAAAUUAGUAUAUCUGACAGCUGAUAGUGAGAAUCUAAUUGAUAAGCUUGAUAAGAAUAUGACAUAUAUAGUAGGUGGUAUAGUUGAUCAUAAUAGAUACAAACUACUAACUUAUAAAAAAGCAACUGAGUAGGGAAUUAAGCAUGCGAGACUUCCCAUUAGGGAAAAUAUUUAGCUAUCUCAUUCCGCAGUCCUUACUGUAAAUCACGUUUUUGAAAUUAUAGCUCAAUACUAUGAAAAGGAUGGAAAUUGGAAAGAGGCACUGUUGGCAGCGAUACCUGAAAGAAAGAGAAAAUCUUUGGAGGAGAAUAAAAAUGAAAAUAAUGAUAAAUAAGAAUCAGAGUGA